CACCGCAACUCCCAACCCAACACCAACAACACAGUCCGAAAAAACCAGACCUACCUCUUUCUCAACUCUCAACAAUUCAAAUCCAGACUCAAACCAAACCAAACCCCGUCAUAUAUUUGAAUUUGAAUCCCCAACUCUUUGCAUCAUUAACCAUAAGUCCAUAACCAUGCCACCUCUUCUUCUUCAUCUUCUUCUCCUCCAUUUCUUCACUUACAACAGUCGACUCUGCUUCUCCUCUCCACAACCUAAAACCCUCAUUCUACCUCUCAAAACCCAAACACUCCCAAAACCCUCAAACAAGCUCUCAUUCCACCACAACGUCACCCUAACCAUCUCCCUCACAGUCGGGUUGCCCCCACAGAACGUCACCAUGGUCCUCGACACAGGCAGUGAACUCUCCUGGCUCCAUUGUAAGAAAACCCCAAUCCUCACCAACGUCUUCAACCCACUCGCCUCCAAAUCCUACAUCCCAGUCUCUUGCUCCACGCCCACAUGCCGAACCCGGACCCGGGACCUAUCCAUACCCGUUUCCUGCGACCCGAAAAAGCUCUGCCACGCCACUCUCUCCUACGCCGACGCCUCCUCCCUAGAAGGCAACCUCGCCUCCGACACAUUCUUCCUCGGGUCUUCGGGUCAACCCGGGACCGUGUUCGGGUGCAUGGACUCCGGGUUCAGCUCCAACUCCGAAGAAGACGCCAAGACAACCGGGUUAUUGGGCAUGAACCGGGGCUCCUUAUCCUUCAUAACCCAAAUGGGCUACCCGAAAUUCUCGUACUGCAUAUCGGGACGUGACGCCUCCGGCGUCUUGCUCUUCGGCCAAGCCAGCUUCCCGUGGCUCGGGCCGUUAAACUACACGCCGUUAGUUCAAAUGUCGAACCCUUUGCCAUACUUCGACCGCGUGGCGUACACGGUCCAGCUCGAGGGGAUCCGGGUCGGCGGGAAAGUACUAUCUUUGCCGAAGUCAGUGUUCGUACCCGACCACACCGGGGCGGGUCAGACAAUGGUGGACUCGGGCACCCAGUUCACGUUUCUUCUCGGGUCGGUUUACACCGCUUUGAGAAACGAGUUCGUUUUACAAACCAAACCGGGUCUGAAGCUCCUGGACGACCCGAACUUCGUUUUCCAAGGCGCGAUGGACUUGUGUUUCCAAGUCCCGAUGGACCGGCUGAACCGGCCGGUUCUGCCGGCUUUGCCAGCUGUCACGCUGAUGUUUAGGGGAGCAGAGAUGAGCGUAAUGGGAGAGAGGCUGCUGUAUCGGGUAGCGGGAAUGGUGAGGGGGAGUAAUCAGGUGUAUUGCUUCACGUUUGGGAACUCUGACUUGCUGGGUAUAGAGGCGUUUGUGAUUGGUCACUAUCAUCAGCAGAAUGUGUGGAUGGAGUUUGAUCUGGAGAAGUCUAGGGUGGGUGUGGCUCAGGUUAGGUGUGACCUCGCCAGUCAAAGACUUGGUUUGGGUCCCUAGCUAGUAUAGGACUCCAGCUGCGACUAUGUCUAACUACGAUUUAUAGUGUUCUUGAGUACUGAAACUAUGACUCAUUUUGGUUUAUUACGCGUAACACAGUAUACAUAAUGACAUUCGAUUUUGGCUGUGAAUGGCGGUGGAUCAUUGUUUAUGUUAGUGUGUGAUCAUGGAUGGGAUGUUGGGUAAAUAACUAAAUAUCAGAGUUGGAGAGGAGCUUUCCAGUUGUUCUUUGUCACUAUAUUGGUGGGGUUUGGGGUACAAUGAUGAAGAAGCAGCAUUGAUCUGGGGCCGUUGCUAUGGAUUUCUAGAGCUCGAUGAAGGGUGCAGAAAAGGUUGGGGGUGAUGGAGAGAGGUGCAAAUGCAGUUCACUGGGUUUUUGGUGGCUAUGUCGGAUCAGUGGUCUGGUUCAGAGAGAAUAUAAGUUUUGAGAGCCGCAAUGGCGCAAUCAUUAUGUAGUAUGCAGUAGAAAGCAUAUGCCUCGUGCUUAUUCAAAAGAACUAGCUUGCGGCUUUGUGAAGGAUCCUUUAUUCUGAUACAUCAAUGUAAAUUUCUAGUCCUCCAAUAAUACGCAAAAUUUUCUUCAAAUCGCAAGAUAAAUAUAUUCCAUAGAAGCCACAAGAAAAUAUUUGUUUUCUUUUUAAUUGUUAUAUUAGUUAACGACUAAAUAGUCAUAAAGUUACGAUCAUAAACAAAUGUAUAUGAUAAUUGAUGAAAACAAGAUUUUAUUUUGAUCAUGUAAAAACUUAAAUAUUAC